AUGGACGAAUUGUUCAAUCCGAAGGAUUUGCCUGAGAUCUCUUCAGUGCCUCAUAGAAAGGCACCUCAGUUUAUGCUGGACUUGUUCAACUCAGUGGCGGACUCCAAUGGAUACCCCAGGAACUCGGAGAAACUGGAGGGCAAUGUGGUGCGGAGCUUCGAGGACAGAGGACAUGCCGGUGGAAGGUUUCAUUUCUUCAAUUUGUCCUCAUUUGCCAGAGAUGAGUUAAUGAUCAAAGCAGAAUUUCGCUGGUUCAGGCAAAAACAACGACUUUUCCUUGGGCAGGUAUAUGGACCCCAUUUCUACAAGGUGGACCUAUAUGAGGUGUUGGACAACAGAGUAAAACCUUGGAGAGGGAAUCUAAUCACGUCAAGACUGUUGCCUUUAUACACUCAGGGAUGGGAAGUCUUCAACGUCACACAAACAGUGUCCAACUGGAUUCGCAACAGUGAGGAGAAUAAUGGUAUUCUGGUGGUUACUACUCUGCCAUCGGGGAAAUGGAUUCAGUCAGUCCUGCAGUCUUCGGAGAGACAGGGAGAAUCACCUGCGGAGAAUGCUUUCCUGGUUAUAUUCUCAGACGACGGAAGAGGCUCGACCACUAAUCAGUCACUAAAUCAAGGACAUGUCAGCCACGCCACCGCACAUGACAGUCCUGCGAAGGUAUUGCGUCAAGACAGCGGGAGCAGAAGGAGGCGCGCAGCCCCAAGUUAUCCCCGCAGCCGCCCUAUGUCCUGCCAGCGUAUCCCCCUCUUUGUGGACUUCGAGGAGAUCGGCUGGGCAGGCUGGAUCAUCUCUCCACGGGGGUACAACGCUUACCACUGCAAGGGCUCCUGCCCGUUCCCACUCGGAGAGAGUCUCCGCGCCACGAAUCAUGCCACUGUGCAGUCCAUCAUACAUGCACUAAAGCUCUCCAACGACGUGAAUACACCAUGCUGCGUGCCUGACAAACUCCAGUCCAUCAGCCUUCUCUAUUUUGACGACGAGGAAAACGUAGUUCUUAAACAGUAUGACGAUAUGGUGGCAGUCAGCUGUGGCUGUCACUGACUACAGUGCGAU